AUGCCUCCAGUGGCGUCGAAGCUCAGUCGCAAGAGCGGCUGUGAUGGCCCAGCUGGGCAGGGGGCUAGCAGCAGGGCGAAGGUCAAGUCUGCACCAGUGCCAAAGGCCUCUAGCUCGAAGCGGGCCAAGGUCCAGCGGGGCCCGACUGAGCCUGUGAACGAAUGGCAACACGCACCACCACAGAAGUGCGGCUCGUGCUUGCAGACCACCCACGACAUCGACAGGGACAGUGACCCGCAGAAGCCGUUCUACGUUCGCUGGACAAAGAGCUGGCACAACUCGGCAGGCGACUGCCUGCCUGCGGGAACUGAGUGUUCUGGAUGCUUCGACACGCGCAGGCGCUUCUUCGACGACCAGCUCAAGUCCCUGAACGAGCUUCGCAAUGCCAACCGCACCUUGGACGAGAGAUUCCUGGCGCUUCGCCGCGACCGAGUCAGCGGCGGUGAUCAGUUCAAGAGCGAGGCGAAGGUGAAGGCAGAGCGGUGGCUGGUGAAAGAGCGCGAGGAGUUCGAUCAGGACUUCGUCGAGGGGACUUUCGUGGAGCUGUACGAGUUUGCGCGCACCAGGGACCUGAAGGGCUGGGAUGAUGAGCAGGAGCUCAUCGAUAUGGUUGCCGAGAAGUACAAGGACUACAGCGUGGCACGGAACAAGCGUGGCGUUAUAGGGGUUGAGAUACCAGACUACGGGCCGAAGCAGCACAGGUUUCGGCGAGGCAUCGCAGACAAGGUGGGGUAUGUCAAAAAAGAGCAGUACGGCAACAAGGAUGUGUGCGAGGAGGCGUUCGAGGAUGCGAGGUGCGCCAAGUUCGGGGACAAGCCAGUCGUGGGAUCGUUUGUCGGGGGGGCUCCGAGCGGCGCUGGGCAGGGCAACGACGACAGUGAUGGCGACAGCGGGUAUAAUCCUACUGGCAGCUCUGCCACUACGAGGGCGAUUUCGGCACUGCAGUUGACCGACCCUUCGCGCGACGUCGCGCCGAGCGGCUUGCUGACGCCCCCAACUUCGGCGCAGAAGCCCUCGUCUGUCGUUGGCGACCUCGAGCACGCAGGUGGCAGCGGUCGGAAGAGGGCUCGAGGAAGCGCAGCAUCAUCUCAGAUUUCACCAGACGCAUCGCCUCCUCCGACAAAGGGUGCCAAGCAACCGAGGCAGCGGAGGUCUGCUUCUGAUGCCACCAUUGAAGCAGCUCAAGAGCUGGCCACCGCGGCGCAGGAGAAGUGGACCUUCAAAUUGCAUUGGGAGAGCAAGCUCAAGCAGCGCGAUUUCGGCCAAUUCUUGGCGAGGUUGAAUACCCACGGAAGGAAGGCUGGGGCCAUCGUCGGCAAUAGCAAUGCUGCUGACAUCAGUAAUAGUUUGUUUUCUAUCCACGACACCCUGGAGAAGCGCCACGCCCUCUUCGAACGUAUCCGCAGCGACUUCGUCAAGCUCGUGGUCAACCCACUGAGUGACGAUGACCAGAGAGCUCUCGAGGAUGCUCCGCGCGACGUUCUUGGCAUGAUCAUCGUGUCGGAGAUGAGCCUCGCGAUUAACAAGAUGGGCGCGCUGAUGGAUCAAAAUGCCGAUGUCUUGCGAGCGCUUGCAGUCGUGAUGGACCCGUCGUUCAAGAAGGACCGCUUCUCGUGCGGGUGGCUUGCGAAGGCUCCGCAGUUGCUAGAGGAGUGCCAGAAGGGCCUGGUCCUCCACCUUGCCGAGAGGAUAUGGAAAAUGGCGGACGUCCACUGGGUCAUCCGCUGCGGGGAGCUGCUCCACGAGACGAUGACUGAUGCCGCUGUUGUGGACGUUGCCGACAUCGACUUGGCGAGCGGGCAGCUUCGCGAUGGCUGGUUUCCCCAACCGAGGAUCGACAUGUGCUGCUUGAUCCUGUGCUCAAAAUGCUUGCAACUCGAGUUCUCGGAGAAGAAGCUCUCCCGCUACGAGGUCACGAUGUGUUGUGCGAUGGUGGCGAACAAGAGCAAGCUCAGCCCCCGCUUGCGGACGCAUUUUCGCCAGAUCUGCGGAGCUCAGGUUCAGCUUGGGCGAUCUGCUUGGGAUACGAUGGUGAGGAUCCACAGCGAGCGGCAGGUCCAGACAGACAGGUGCAAGUCCCUCGACUUCGGCGUGGCCACCGCGCUCAGGGACAAGCUGGCAGCUGCUGAAGGUGAGGUUGACUGCUACGAGGACCUAGGUUAA